AGCAUUUCAAAUUUCAUAGCAGACAAAAUAUCCCUGCAUACAACUCAUUGGAAGAAAGGCAAUAUGUUCGGAGUGGACUACAAAUUUUUGAUUAUUAUGAUUUCAUCUUGCCUUCUUACAAAUGCACAUUCACUGUUGACUGAAGAUAAUGAGGUAAAAACCAAGGAUAUAGAUAUUCUGAGACAAUUAUUGAACCAGGAAACUUUAUUAAGAAUAACUCUGACCAAAGACGUCGAGAAACUUAAACAACGCAUUUUAUCAAAACAGGACGACAAAGACAACAUCCCUACGACGAGACCUCGUGUAUUGGAAGAGAACAACUUCAUUAACGCCUCCCUAUUACAGACAUUAGUAAGGAAUGUUAGUGGUCACACAAUUGAAGAAAUAAACAACAAAAUUUCUUUACAAAUGCAGCAGUUUUCACAAUUUUAUGAUAAUUUUACAAAGCUCUCCGCGAUACUCCUAAAUGGAAUUGAAAGACUUGAGAAUGUGUCUGUUAAAGAGACGCAGAAAUCUGAUGCAAUGGAUGUGAAAGUGCAAACCGGUUUACUCGAUAAAAGAUACAGAGAUUGUCAGGAGAUUCUGAAGCAGAACAUAAGUUUGAGGAACCAGAACGGUGUAUACACAAUUUACAGUCUAGUCGAACCCUCAAACGAGGUUGUAUCAAGCAUGGAGGUCAAGGCACAGAAUUCGCCAACUUUGGGGGAGAAAAAGUCUCGAUUUUUACAAUAA